AUGGCGACUCGGGAAGAAAGACGUGUGCUACCGAUAAAUGCCGGAGAAUCCUCGGUGGCGAUCAUUGAUGUACAACUCAGCUUCAGCUUCCAGGACCUGCCUAUUCCCAAAUUUGCCCAUUUUGAUCUGGACGAAAUCUACCCAGGUAUAGUUAGGUAA